UUUCUCUGAAUCGUCGUGGAACAGAAGCUCUUAAACUUCCAUUGACGCCAUCCUCCAGUCUCCAUCUUUUCUCUUCACUGGGUUCGAAAGCUGCGGUGGUUUUCAAAGACAACAAAGGCAACUGAUCUAAAUAUUCAGGUGUUCAUGGGGCUGGAAAUAGACAUAAAUUUGGCUGCUGAGGAAGAUGAUAAUUAUAAUGAAGAUGACAUGGAUGAUGAUAAUUAUUAUGAAGAUGGUAUGAAUGACGAUAAUUAUAAUGAAGAUGGUGUAGGAGAAGAAUUUGGUCAUAGUAAUGGUGGUGAAAGCUCCAUUAAUAUGAAAAAAAAUUCAGAGCCAUAUGUUGGAAUGGAAUUUAAUUCUGAUGGCAUUGCACAGUCAUUUUAUUUAGAGUAUGCCAAGAUGACAAGGUUUGCUGCUUCAAAAAUAGCUUGUCGUCGAUCAAAGGUAACUAAAGAAUGGGUCGAUGCAAAGUAUGCUUGUACAAGAUUUGGGUCAAAGCGAAAAACUGACACUCGUAACCCCCGUCCCUGCAUGAAGAUAGACUGCAAGGCAAUGUUGCAUGUCAAAAGAAGGCAAGAUGGGAAAUGGGUUGUUCAAAAUUUUGUGAAAGAGCAUAAUCAUGAACUUUCUCCGGAGGGUGUCCACUACUUUCCAUGUUAUAGAAACAUUGCUUCCGGUGACUUGAACAAUAUUAGUACUUUGCAUUCAGUUGGAUUGAAACCAAGUAAGAUUUUUGCUGCUUUAGCCAAACAGUGUGGAGGAUAUCAGAACAUUGGUUUUUUACAAAAAGAUAUGAGAAAUUUUUUGGAUAAGAAACGUCGGUUAGAAUUGGAAUCUGGCGAUGCUAAGGCAAUGUUGGAGCAUUUUACUAGUAUGCAAGAAGAGAAUCCUAAUUUCUUCUACGCAAUGGAUCUAGAUGAAGAACAACGCUUGAGAAAUGUGUUUUGGGUUGAUGCAAAAGGCCGGGAGGACUACAAGAUUUUUGGAGAUGUGGUUUCUUUUGAUACGACAUAUAUCACAAACAAAUAUAAGAUGCCUUUUGCUCCUUUUAUUGGAGUGAAUAAUCAUUUCCAGUCUACAUUACUUGGUUGUGCACUUCUUGCAGAUGAAACUACAUCGACGUUCGUUUGGUUAAUGGAGACAUGGGUUAGAGCAAUGGGUGGAAGAGCUCUUCUUGAUCCAAAAGUUUCAAGCACAAAAGGAGCACCUAAAAGAAUACGAUCUGGAGUUGAGAUCAGUUCAAGAAAUGGUAGCAAAAGAUCAAGAAAUGUACAUGAAAAAGUAGGGGAUACAAAUUUUGAUAAUAAUGAAUGUACACAAGACUGCUUGCAGGAUAUUGGGAAUAUGCUGGACUAA